GAAUUGGACUCGUGGCUCUUGUCUCUUGUCUCAUACAUCGCAUCCGGCCAAGUGAGGGGGGCCACGGACAGGUACGACCAGCCAAUCGCGAAGCAUUCAGCAAGCGCCUCAUAAGAGGUGAUGCGAAGAAAAGGAUGGCCCUCGUCAUUGUCUGCGGUUUGCCUUGCUCAGGCCGAACCACUCGAAGCGAGCAGUUAAAGUCUUACUUCGAAGCGAGGAUAAGCGGUGAAGCCAGCUCGCGUACCAAAGCUAACAGCGAUGUGGGAUCGAGCACUUUCUCCGCUUCACAUGGCAUCAAGCGCACCGCAAUCCUUUCCGACGCGACGCUAUGCACCGAGCAGAAGUGUCGAUCAGUCUAUACACUCCAAGCUACGGAAAAACCAGCUCGUGCCGCAUACCUCUCGCUGGUAGUGAGACAUUUGACGCGAGAUACAAUCGUCAUUGCGGAUGGAGGAGCUGGCACGAACAUCAAGGGCUUCAGGUACCAGCUUUGGUGCGCUGCCAGAGAAGCUGGUGUGAGGUUCGCUUGCGUAUUCGUCAGCGCCAAGAGGGAUGAGUGCGAGGAGAGAAAUCUGCAGCGAAGUGUAGGGCUUGAGCAGCAGACUGCAGUUGGCGUUCCGUGUGCAGCUUGGCCUACCGAAACCCUCAAAGAGCUGUGUAGUCGGUUUGAAGAACCGACGAGCAUGUCUCGGUGGGACUCUCCACUCUUCGUGGUGCCUUCUUGCGGCGUCCUCAACGAUCAAGGGAACAAUGCGAGCCCUGCAGACGAGCAGCUAUCCUCCAUUUCGCUUGGAUGGGAAGAGCCGCCGUGCGGAGAUAUCUGGUCAGCUUGCGUCGAGGGGAAACAAGUCAAAGCUCCAAAUGUCGUCGCGCCCGUUAGAGCUACUACAAACUCCUACCUCUCCCUGCUCGAAUCAUCUACGCAGAAGAUUCUAGCUGCGUACGCAGUGCAGCUCUCGAGCAAUCUGGUACCACUGCACGGUGGCGACCUUCUCCUGCGUCUCUCUCCGAAUCCCUCCGCAACUCAAGUCGAGACCACCCUGACUCUCUCCUUGCCAGCAGGCAGAAGACCGCCGACGUUGCCAGCUUUGCAAAGGCUGAGAAGGACCUUUGUGAGGCUGCACGCGAGCGGAAGUAGUGCUAACACGGUGCUCGGCAAAGCUGUGCAGAGCGAAGGGACCACGAGAAAACUUGAGUUAGCCCACACCCGCAACGAGGGUCCUUCGGCUUUGCCCAGAAGACGAAUCAUAGGCAAAGCCAAGCUAGAGCCAAAGACGGAGGAGAAGGAUGGCGAGAGCGACCUUAUCAGCGAUACAACAGCAGCGGCAGCGCAAGCGACAAAAGAAGUUUCGCAGCUUCCUCUCGAGGGAUUGAGCUUGGACGAUGCGGCCUCGUCUGCACAAACGGAUCCUCGAACAUCACGCCCCGCUUCCGGUCAAACACCUUCCACGACGACGGAAGAACAAAUCAUCAAGCGCUUCGUUGCCUGGUUGCAAGAGGCCUUGUACAGCGAUUCUGCAGCUGGAUGAAGGGUGAUGGGGCAGGGGCAGCACUUUGGAGAAGGAGACUGCAGAUUGCCUCCUCCUCAAACGUCUGUCCACGCCGCUUGUGUGUUUGGGGGGCGGGGGAAGCGCACUAGGGUCACGAAUGGCAAGUGCAAAAUUCGACAAUGAGCUGCCUCGCUCCACAUCGUCUGCUGCUCGUCAAGGCCAUCUGAUGCGGGCAUUUUGAGUCUGACCUUGCAGCGCGAAUUUUGGUGAAUGGUGCGGAGUCCGUUGGAGCUCGCUUCUGGAAUACGUACCGCUCGAGUCGAUUCGCAUUCCCCACGAUGCCAUGCAUCCGCAGCGAGUCGCGGGGUGUGAGGGGUGGGCAGGAGAUGGUCGGGCCGGCUGGUUGUUUAUCAAAGGUGCGAAUAUGCGACCCACUUCGCAUUCACCCGCAGCGCCCGAUCGAAACUGUUG